GCAUAGCGGCAAACAUGGCGGACGAAGAGCUGCUUGAGGAUUCGUCUGAUAGUGGUGCCGUAUCCCACAACAUCGUACAGAAGAAUAUUCCUCUGAAGCUAAAGGGUCGUGGUCGAGGCAGGGGUCGCGGACGCGGGCGAGGACGGGGCAGGGGUCGAGGAAGAGGUCGUGGUAAAAAGAAAGUAAUAUCCAGCGAGGAGGAGGAGGAUGCUGAUCCGGGAGAAGCUCCAAAGCAGCAGGAGGAAAAUAUGCAGGAGGAGGAAAAGGAAGAAAAAGAAGAGCCAAUGACGGUGGAGCCAAUUCAGAAAGAGCUAGAGAUGAAAAACCUGCCACAGACACUGAUGGACAGGGGGCCGCCGGAACCGACGCACCAGUCGCAAAAGCUGCGCUGGGACUACAAGGUGCAUCUGAUCGGCCAAAAAGUUGUUGAUCCGAUGAUACACUGCUGUGAAAAAUGUACCCUACCGAUCCUGAUAUAUGGAAGAAUGAUUCCAUGCAAGCACGUGUUUUGCUUCGACUGUGCAAAGAGGACUGAUAAGCAUUGCAUGAG